AAGGAUGUUGGCAUAGCGGCAAUCUGUGGUAUGGGGGGAAUCGGGAAGACAACCAUCGCCAAAACUGCUUAUAACCUUAACUUCGGCAAAUUUGAAGGUAGCAGCUUCAUUGCAGAUAUUAGCGAAAUAUCAGAACAACCCAAUGGAUUGGUUCGCUUGCAAAAGCAACUUCUUUCAGAUAUUGUAAAGGGGAGAAAAGUAAAAAUUAGUAGUGUUGAUAAAGGAAUCAUUAAGAUUAGAGAUACUAUAUGCUGUAAAAGAGUUCUGCUUGUUCUUGAUGAUGUGGAUCAAUUGGACCAAUUAAAUGCAAUACUCGUUAUGCGAGAUUGGUUUUGUCCAGGAAGUAAAAUUAUCAUAACAACUAGACAUGAGCAAUUGCUGAAGGCACAUGAACUUGAUAAGAUAUACAAAGUUGAGGAAUUAAACGAUCAUGAAUCGUUUCAACUCUUCUAUUGGCAUGCCUUUGGACCAGAUCAUCCCAUUGAAGCUUACUCUAAGAAGUCAAAAAGGGUCGUACAGUACUGCGGAGGGCUUCCUUUAGCUUUUCAAAUGUUGGGUUCUUCUCUGUCUGGCAGACUUGUAGAUAUGUGGGAAAGUACAUUAAAGAAAUUGGAAGCUAUUCCUAACAGUCAGAUCCUAAAGAAACUUAAAAUAAGCUUUGUUUCUCUACAAGAUGAUCAUGAUAGAAAUUUAUUUCUCAACAUUGCUUGUUCAUUUGUUAGAAAGGACAAAGAUUUCACAAUUACAAUAUUAGAUAACAAUAAGAAGCUGACAAUGCAUUAG